AUGUACAAAGCAAAGAAGACAACAGAUUCACUGUUGGAACUGUUAAUCAAGAGGGCUACUGAUGAAACCUUGACAACCAACAAUUGGGAGUAUAUCAUUGCUGUUUGCGAUAAGGUGAAGAGCGACCCAGAAGUGGCAACUAAGAAAGCAAUUACCAUCUUAACAACACGAUUACAGAGUAAAGAUGCCAAUGUGUUGUUGAGAACGCUUUCCUUAAUAAUUGCUCUUGGCGAGAACUGUGGAUCACGAAUGCAGCAAGAAAUUGCUUCGGAAGCAUUCUUGAAGCCGUUAACCAAGAAGCUAAAGGAGAAAAAGUUGCAUGAAACGGUGAAGGUUGAAAUUGCCAAACUUAUCGAACAAUUGCACCAGUCUUUUAAGUCUGAUCCAUCGUUGAAGCCAAUGUCAGAUGCCUAUAACAAGAUAAAACAGGAACACCCAAGAUACCUUGAAAGAAAUGUACCAGCUAAACCAGAGAAGCAUGAUGUCAGCUCUAAAACACAAUCGGAAGAGGAUGAAUUGCAAAGGGUCAUCAACUUAUCCUUACAGGAGUACGAAAGAGAGCAGUUUUCGAAGAGUCUUCAGAAACCACUUCCAGAUCCAAAAAAGACUUCUCCUAGAAAUGCAAACAUCGCCCAAGAAGACUCUGAUGACAAGAAGCCUGAAAUAAGCAAGGUUAGAGCAAUGUUCGACUUGGUAUCUCACGAAAAAGAUGAACUUUCCUUCAGAAAGGGUGAUCUAAUUAAUGUGAUUGAGGUUGUGUACCGUGAUUGGUGGCGUGGUUCAUUGCCAACUGGAGAAGUUGGAAUAUUUCCCUUGAAUUAUGUUGCGCCUGUUUAUGCAAAAUCACUGGAUCAAAUUGAAAAGGAAUUACAAAUUGAAAACAGAUUGCUUAACGUGGAGCUGAAGAAGAUUGAUAAAGUAUUGGCUAUGUUGUCUGCAGCUACUAAUGGCAACGAAAACAUAGACGAUGAAGAGUUGGAGAAUUUAUACGGGCAGGUUAGUGGAUUACGCUCACAGUUGGGCCAUCUUAUCAUGAAGCAUACCCAGAGAGAAAAGGAAUUGAAACUAUUAAACGAACAGUUGGCAAUUGAAGACAAAGCAUUCCAUGAUUUGUUGGAUAAACUGAUAUCGUCAUUUAGUAAUAGGAACUCUUACAUUUCUCUGGAUGUUGUUCCAUAUCCAACUGGAGGCAAUGGUUCAGUCAACAGUGGAUACCCCGCCGUGCCUAAUGCAUACUCUGGUUACAAUACCUACAACGGCAAUGGUACUCCUUUGGCCAUGCAACCAACGAGUCUCGGUUUCGGAAAUUCUAUUUAUGCUCUGCAACCCCAGCAGCAGCCCCCACGACAAGUGAGUCAGCAAAUGCCACCGCAAGAUUAUCAACUGUAUCUGAACAUAAAUAGUUUCCCAGAGGUAGAUAGAAUGUAG